GCGUCGCAAUCACUGACUGUGCCCGCGCGCGCCUCUGAGGAUCGACGGAGAAGAGUUGGCGAGUUGGGUUCGAGUUUCACUACAACUUUCCGCUUUGCGCGAGCGCUGUGCCAGGCUGUGUCGUUUCGCGCGGAGUUCACACACACACACAACGAUGCAGUUCGUCCAGCGGCUUUCGCCCGUGCUUCUUCUCCUGACGCUGUGCGACAUCGUUCGAGCGCAGGACUCCAAUAUGACGAACACGACGAUGGUUCAGCCGAUGGCCGCGCCAAUGCCGAUGAACCAGUCCGCUGCCGCGUCCGGACAGCAGCAGCAGCAACCACCGUCCGUAUGGACGACCGAGGAGCUGGUCACUGACCUGUCGCUUCCCGGCGCGCCGAACGCCACGCUCGACGUCAGGUACGACGGACCGCUUCAGGUGACGCUGGGCAACAAGCUGACGCCUCAGCAGGCUAGCGCCGCUCCGACCGUGUGUCUGAACGCCAGCGUCGACUGCGAGCCGCCGUUCGCGCUGCUCAUGGUCGAUCCGGACGCCACGAGCCGUCAGAAUCCGCAGUUCCGCAGCUGGCUUCACUGGAUCGUGGUCAACGUCAACGCCACGGACAAGCUUCACGAAGGAGACCAGGCCGUGCCGUACAACGGCCCUGCUCCACCCAAGGGUUCGGGUCCUCACCGGUACGUGUUCUUGCUGUAUUGUCAGCGUGGCAGACGACUUCAGGGAUCUGAGCUGGCGCCCGAGAAGCGGAACAACUUCAACCUGGCCGACUUCGUCAACAAGACAGAGCUCGGGGUGCCUCUUGCCGGAAACUUCUUUUUCGCCGAGAAUCCGUGAAGAGUGUCUUUCUUUCUUUCUUUUUUUGGCAUGCUUCAAACGGCCGCCGACCUCUCUUUCUGGAAAGUGCGAAUAUGUGGUGCUACGAUGCGAACGCUGAUCGAUGAAUGGACAAUUCAAGAUGUCAUGUGAAAAGUCCUUAGAAGCUAUAGCAGUGCAUCGAGUUAGUAUAGUCAGCCGUCUACGUUCGGUGUAGAUUACGCUUUCCGUCGUUUUUCGGGCACAACUUCGAGAAAUACUGACGGACUGCACAAGAGCGCUCACUGUGAUAACUAUACCUAUAUACAAUUUACACGCUCUCAUCCCGAACGCCCUCUUGUUUUAUGUUUCAAGCAAUCGCACGUUUCAAGCAAUCGCGUUUCCUUUCCUGCAAGAAUUUCUAUACACACUCCUAUUACAGACAGGCAAACGUUGUGCCGUUCCUCGAGGCAUUCACGUGCCUGUCUCCAUUUAUUCUUUUUUUUUUUCUUCGUGUUCAAAUUUAAGGUGCUACUAAUAAAAAAAAAAACGCGUGUUCUCCGCUUUGCUUGAAACGAACUGCUACUUUUGGAAAAAAGCUAUGACAUUGCGUUUUGGAUAACGCUGUAAAACGAAAAGUCAAUAAAGUGCUGGUGCACAUAAUUUUCGUAUGAGA